UUGAGCAGAGAAAGAUGGCCGACGUUGCAACGAGCCUGCGCCGCCGCGGCGGACGUGGUGACGAAGGCAGUACAUUCGGCGCGACGCAAACUGAAUCGAGUCGGUUCCCUGCGUCUUCGGACUCCACCAACGACGCCGCGUCGUCGUCGACCUCGUUGUGGCAAUGGAUCUUUGGGCCGCCGACCCCGGACACCCCAGAGUCCAUGGCUGCUUCCCUGCAGAGCAGUCUUCGUCGAGAAUACGGCGACCAUUGCCCGGAUUUUGUCCAGUUGUCGUUCCGUGAUACUACCAACUUGGCCAAGGCUGACGGCAAGUUCCUCCUGGUCUACCUGCACUCGGAAGUUCACCAAGACACGCCGUCGUUUUGCAAGAACGCGUUGUGCACGGACGACAUGCAGGCAUUUGUCGCUGGUCAUGACAACGUCCUCUUCUGGGCCGGCUCCGUUCUCCAACCAGAGGGAUAUAGUGUCUCACUGUCUCUCGGUGCAGCUUCCUUUCCCUUUCUGUGCUUGGUGCUGUCCACGCCCCGCGGCAUCAAUAUCGUUGACAAAGUCCAAGGGAACAUCCCAAAGACAGCGCUUGUGUCCCGCCUUACAGCUGCCGUCCAGCGCAAUCAGCAGCAGCUCGCCACUGCCCGUGCCCAGGAACUCUUCCGGACGGAAGCGCAGCUGUUGCGCGAGCAGCAAGACCUAGAAUACCAGCAAUCGCUUGAGGCCGAUCGGCGCAAGGCGGAAGAAGAGGCGCUGCGCAAGGCGAAAGAGGAAGAGGAAGCAAGGGAAGAGUCUCUACGCUUGCAUGCGCAAGCAGAGGCCGCGCGGACUGCGGCGGCCGAACGCGAAGCCGCGGUCGAGCUCAAACGCAGCCGCCUGACCAACGGUCCAGCGACCAAAGGCAAAGACACGGCGUUCAUAAGGCUGCAGCUGCAUAACGGGACGAAGUUGGAGCGGUUGUUCUGGGCCACCGACACAUUUCAAACGGUGCGCGAUUUCGUCGACGUGGCGUUUUUCGAGCGAGAGAUUGCGAUCGUACGCUACGAACUCGCGACGAACUUUCCGCGAAAGAGCUGGGACGCGGACCACAGCCACGUGACGCUGCAAGACGCCGGCUUAGCGCCGCAAGCACUGCUGUAUGUGCAGGAUUUGGACUCGUAAUAUACUGGUUCAAUUGUCACGGUUA